AUGGCACUGUACAACGCGGCUCUCAAGAAGAAGGUGCACCUGUCGUUAACUGAACAGCACUUGGGUCAGUCCCCUAUAUUCAUUGAUUUCGAUCUCAAGCAGGACUCGGCUACUCGUAUUUACACUACCGACCACAUCAAGGCAUUGUAUGACGCCGUCACCAAGGAAGCCUCUAAUUACGUCAAGUUUGACGAGGGAGCCUUGGUGUGUUACGUACUCGAGAAGCCUGCCCCGAGGAAGGACAAGAAUCACCCGUAUAAAGACGGUUUCCACCUGCACUUCCCCGAUCUGGUCACGUGUCCCGCUGUCCAGCACAUCAUCCGUACAAACCUGUUAAAAUCUGGCACGAUCUCCGACAUUUUCGCUGACGUCACGUUCCGCAACAGUUUUGAGGAUAUGUACGACUCGCAGGUGAUCGAGAAGAACCCGCUGCUCUUGUACGGUAGUACUAAAGAUGGCAAAGGUCCAGCGUACACUUGCACGUACAAGUUGUGGGGUCAGGACGGCGAAAGAGAAGACUGCGAAGAUGAACUACCCGAUCUGACUGACCGCCUUUCGAUUCAAAACAAGUAUUCUUCGCUCACCCUGCCUGUACUUGAGGAGAAAAAGGCGGAGGUUGCCGAAUUUGUCGAGAAGAAGGCGGCUAAGGCUGAAGCUGCCAAGGUUGUUUGUGAAACUAAGCCCAAGUGUAACAUGGUACUUCUUGGCGAGGUACAACAGCUUGUGGCUAUGCUUUCUCCCUCACGUGCGGACAACCGCUCUGACUGGCUUGCACUCGGUUCAAGCUUGAAGAGCGGCGACGAAAGUUUGUUGCCAGUCUGGGAUACAUUCAGCCAACUCUCAUCGAAGUACAAGUCUGGCGAAUGUGAAAAGUUGUGGUACGACUUCAAACCGGGCAACACCAUCCGCAGUCUGCACUAUUGGGCUAAGUUGGACAGUCCUGACGCGUACAAGAAGUACAACGAGACCAGCCUACAAACCGCUCUGAUGACGUCACUAUCUGGCAGUCAUUAUGACGUGGCGCAGGUUGUGUACUCUAUGUACAAGUUUGACUACGUCAGUACAAAAGACCAGAAAAACAACACUACAUGGUACAAGUUCAGCGGGCAUCGUUGGGAAGAGUGCGUCGGUGGGGUUGACCUCCGCAACAAACUCAGUACGGACGUGUACAAAGCGUACAUUACGAUGUCCAA